CCAGGGGCCGUGGCCUCACGGUGGGUGUGGUGCACGCGUGCCGACGGGAUGCCGAGCCGUUGGCCCGGGGCCGCGGAGCCGCCCGCAUUGGCCUGUACGGAAGGCGGCGACGGAUCAGCUGGACAUUCUUAUCACCAGAAUUCCAAAGGCCCUGGUGAGCAGCAUAAAGCAGAUAGAAUCAAAGAGGGAAAUAGAGUGUACUCACACAUUGCCAAGCUGCAGGAGUUAUGGAAAACUACUCAACUCCAAACAAUUCAUAUCCCUAAAUCAAUGACAGAUGCAUCUUUUCUAAAGCACCCAGAACUUACCUCAGGCCAGAGGCACCACCUGUGCAGCGUUGCUAAUAUCUGUAACUCCAGCUAUCUGAGGACCUUAAUGAAGAAGCAGUACAUGCAUUUGUUUCAUAAUGUUUCACAAAAACCAGGUGUCCUCACUCAUCACAGAAGCCAUAUCAGCUCUCGCUAUUCACAGAAACAGACCUCCCCCUGUACUACAUGGCGACAUCAUCUGGAGAGAGGAGGGUCUUUGAGCAUUGCAGCUGCAGCACCUGAAAUGAUCAUACAUUCCCUUUGGCGACCACUGAGACACAAAGAAGGGUUAAAAAUUGGAUAUGCAUCUAAAACAAAAUGCAAGUCACUGAAGAUUUUUAGAAGACCAGGCAGACUGUUCUUGCUACCAGUUUCUUCAAAUGUUUAUCAACCAUGCAUGAAUGAAGAAACAAAGGAAGAUGAUCUACUGAAUAAAUGCAUGCAGUCCAUGUCCAUUCAAGAACAGGACACAUCUCAUCUCAACCUGACAGUCUAGUCCUCCAUAUCAAGUUCAGCUAUCAGCAAAUAUUCAGAUGCUGAGCAGGAGGUAGACAAGGAACAGUUGAGAACCAUGUAUAGGACAGUGCUAGUCGCGAGUUUGUUGUUUUGGUUGUUGGGAAAUUUACAGCAACCUUCUUUGUCCAACAUACUUUUGUGUACCAGUGAUAUCUGUGUAAUGUAUGCAUGUUUUUAGCUAUGAACAAUUAAAAUUUUAGUUGACACAUAAAACUGAGUUUUUAAAAAUUAUUUUUAUUUUAUGUGCAUUGGUGUUUUGCCUGCACGUGUGUAUGUGUGAAGGCGUUAGAACUCUUACAGCUGGAAUUACAAUUGUGAA